ACUGUUUGGCUCCUGAUGCACGGACCAUGUCGAGGCGCAAGCAGGCAAACCCCCAGCACCUCAACUCAGAGGGGCAGCAGCUCCUGGAGGCGUGCGCUGAAGCUCAAGAAAGUCCGAGCAAUACAGAUGGAGAAAGAAGCGUGAAGCGCUGCAGGAUGGAAGAGACACGUGUCUGCGAGAAGUGCUGCGCCGAGUUCUUCGAUCAGUCAGAGUUUUUAGAGCAUAAAAAGAACUGCACAAAAAAUUCUCCAGUCCUGAUCAUGAGCGACGGCGAGGGUACACCCGGAGUCUACUCUGAAGAACCUUCUGGAGGUGCCAAGCCAGCUGAGAUCAAAGCCAAACAGGAAGGACUUGCAAAGGGCUCCACUGUGUUAGCAGAGAAGAUGGACGGAAAAGUGGACUCUGCCAAUAAAACAGCUUCUCAGCCAGCUCACAAGACUAAUGGAUUUGGCUACCUGCCUAAAACAACCAUCUCCAACACUAAUGUGACUUUGCAAAGUAUCAAUACCACUAAAGUGGCUGUUAAUCAACACGCAUCAGAGGGCAUCUCUAAUCCAGUGAGCAACCCCAACGCCAUUCCGAUGAUUCUCGAGCAGCUAGUAUGCCUGCAGCAGCAGCAACUCCAGCAGAUCCAGCUUACUGAGCAAAUUCGCAUUCAGAUUGCAAUGAUGGCUCCUAACUCCUUGCAUCCUUCCAUAGCUGCAGCCACGGAUCCACUAAAAGCCUUGGGGGCCCAUUUGUCUCAGCAGCUUUCGGCUGCCGUUGCUCUAAUUGGACAGAAGGCUGGAACACAGAACUUGACACUUGAGACUAUUAAACAAUCCAAACUACCUCAUACCACCAUACCUGUGGCAGCAUCCGGCGCUGUGCCAAUUGCCGUUUCAAGCCAACUAAUAAAGCCUCAGGUCAACAGGGGAAUUCCUACUUCCAUUUCACGAUUUCCAAACCCUGUCCUACCUCAUUCUCCAGGAACUGUAAUAUUCCAGAAUCCACUCAGCAUGACUGACCCCGCAAACAAACUGAAGAUUAGGUUUCCAGGUGCAGUGACCUCUGAAGUGAAGUCUAAUGGUGAGGAUCCGUUCUUCAGGCAUAAAUGUAAGUUUUGUGGCAAAGUAUUUGGCAAUGACAGCGCGCUGCAAAUCCACUUGCGCUCCCACACAGGUGAGAGACCAUAUAAGUGCAACAUUUGUGGCAACAGAUUUACUACGAAAGGAAACCUAAAGGUUCACUUCCAGCGGCAUAGAGAUAAGUAUCCACACAUCAGAAUGAAUCCUUAUCCUGUUCCUGAGCAUCUGGACAAUGUCCCAACGACUACUGGAAUUCCAUAUGGAAUGUCUGUCCCGAUGGACGAAUCUAAUGUGAUCAUAGACCCAAAACCUUUAGUGACUAGUCUUCCUAGUUCUGGGUUAACUAUGACAAAUGUGGCUAGUACAGGUGACUCAUCAGUAGCCUCUAUCCCCAUAAAUCUGCAGUCCAAGCCAUCUCCAGGCAGUGAAAGUGAAUCUGUGUCUGGAGUAGUUGGCCAUGAAUCUGGCACUGAUCAGAGUCUAAAUUCUCCUUCUGCUAGUGGCUCAAGCGAGCAAGGGUCUGAAACGAGCAAGCUCCAGCAGCUGGUUGAGAACAUUGAUAAGACUGGUUCUGACCCAAACGAGUGCUUGAUAUGUCACAGAAUUCUCAGCUGUCCAAGCUCCCUUAAAAUGCAUUACCGCACCCACACUGGCGAGAGACCAUUUAAAUGCAAAAUCUGUGGACGUGCCUUUUCUACCAAAAGCAACCUCAAGACCCACUAUGGAGUCCACCGUGCAAACACUCCAUCAAAAGUGCAGCACUCGUGCCCCAUCUGCCAAAAGAAGUUUACUAAUGCGGUGGUUUUGCAGCAGCACAUCCGAAUGCAUAUGGGUGGUCAGAUUCCAAACACGCCAGUUUCUGAAGAUUCUUGUGAGGAUGUUGACAUUGAUUCAUCUAUGAACGAUGAGAAGAAUGGAGAUGUAAACUGCUUUACAGAUGACAUUGAUGAUAUUGAUAUGGAAGAAGAUUCUGAGCUUGGAGAUGGUCCUUUGGGUUCUAAGCCACAGACACCACAAAGUGAGACCCAGGCAGAGUCGCCGUCACAGCUUGCUGAGCUUGUCUCACAGGAGAAUCGCAUAUCUCCGGCCCUUAACUUACAAAGGCAAAACAGUGUAAAAUCUAUGGACAAUGGGUCGGUGGAAAGUGAAGGCCUGACCAAUGAUUCCUGCUCAGUUGGUGACCAAGAAUAUACUAACGGUAAAAGUCCCACACAGUCAGAGCCUAGAGGGUUUUCACCAGCUAACAGCCAAGAUGACAGCCUUCCAUCGAAGUCACCACCUUUAUUUAACGGCCAUGAUAUGCUGAGUGUGUCCAGUAAGGCAGAGCAGUCUGAACACUGCUCCAUGAACACAGAGGAUGAUGGUGCCCUCGACCUAACAAAUGGUAACCUGGUCCGGAAAAUCAAAGAAGAACCAGGGCUGCUACAUAAUGGAGACUUCGGUAGGAGUUCAACUGUGUACAUUGGUCCACCCCCAACGCUUAUAAAAGUGGAAAUGCCAGCAAAUCGGGUUAUAGGCACUGCACAGUUCAUCACCCCACCAACUCUGUCACCCGCCAUAAUGCCUCUAAUUGCCCCACAGCGCCGAACAGCAAAGCAGCAUUUAUGCCUUACAUGUAAUAAGAACUUUUCCUCUGCAAGUGCGCUACAGAUACAUGAAAGAACCCAUACUGGGGAAAAACCUUUCGCUUGCACAAUUUGUGGCCGGGCUUUUACAACAAAGGGAAACCUAAAGGUACAUGUGGGAACGCACAUGUGGAAUAACUCUGCACGCCGAGGACGGAGACUCUCCCUGGACAACCAAAUGCCUAUCUUGGGAAAUGAUACAAAGAAAGUGGCUGAGAUUUUUCCGAAGUAUCUUGUUCCUUCAGCCGUCAACAUAGAUCCAGCGCUAUGGAGUCAGUACGCUACAGCUCUUAGUAAUGGCCUGGCCAUGAAGACUAAUGAGAUCUCUGUGAUCCAGAGUGGCGCCAUUCCUGCAUUACCUGUCAGUAAUGGGGGCGCUCCCAUCAUCAGCACGGCCACCAUCUCAAACCUUGAGGUCUCUCAGUCUAAUGUGGGUCAAAGCUUGUCUGAGAUGGAAGAAAAGACUGCAGAUGCACCACAACACCAGUUCAUUCACUUCAUGUCGGAGAAUAUAGCCGUGAACUAGUAGAAAAUCGUGCCAUGAUGCCAAAAUGCGUGGGCGUUAACCUGUAAUCAGAUGGCUGGGAACUGCUGCAUUUGUCCUCUAGUUGGAUUUUCUUACUGUAGAAUGACUUGGAGCACCUCUGAAGGCUGGCCGCUACUGGAGUAGGGAAGAUGCAUCCGUAAGACUGAAAUGACUUGUUAUCCGCCCCAUGAGACUCGUUUACCUGAAAGUUGCAUUAAAAACUUAGUGUGAGAACAGUCCUCCCCUUCUGUGUUAAGACUACCCGUGGGUACAUCUUCUGGAAUAUCUGCCAUCCUUUAUUUUUUAAAAGUAGAUGUUUUUUGAAGUCUUGAAUGUAGGUUUUACUCCAAAGUAAAUGUGCACGGAGGACUCUCCUCCUGCAUCUGAAAUCGUCUGCCUGUUCCAGUAUUUCCAAUAGGGUUUUCCAGUGGCCUUUCUGGGAUAAGACCACUGAGAACUUCUUUACACGCGUGACAAUGGCUUCUUCAAUGAGCUUUAAGUGUUGUCUUUACUGAUGAGCAGUAUUACCUUUAGUCAGCUUUCUGAUGACCAUCUGUUACUAUAGUUUCUGUAAGAACCUUAUUUUUUUUUUUUUUAAGUUAUCUACCUCAU